AUGCCAGGGUCUCUUGCUCAACCUGCUGCUGCAGAAGACGUUAUUAUUGAUGCAGAUUUUACGAAAAGGCUGAAUGCCCUGGAGUCUGAAAUUACAGAUGGAGAUAUAACUUUGAAGGGCUACUGGAAGAAGAAAUGCUCAAUUGUGGAACAUGUGUUGCCCAAGGAUAUCAAGUUGAAAGUAGAAGAACUAGAGGAAGAGUUCAAGAAUGAGGAAAUCACAGAGAAAGGUUACUUCAAGAAAAUUGAUGCUAUCGUCGGCAGUUUCCUCAGGACUGCUGUCAGCACUUGCAAAAGCAGCAACGGCAUCAGUAAUAACAACACUAGUGUUAACAUCGGCAGUAAAGAUAAUGGUGAUAAUCCUAAUAAUGGUGAAUUGUCAGCAAAUGUUGGAAAUGGAGUAACCAGUAGCACAGCACACAUAGAGGCUAAUGGGUGCACAUCUGAUACAACUGGAAAUGGGCAUGUGACUAAUGGGUCAUCUACUGCUGUUGCAUUGUCGAAGUUUGCAUUUGGGUCUUAUGUUGAUAAAUCUGAAGGUAGUGAUGAGUUCAGAAAUGGAUGCUCCCAAGAGAAUGAGCCAGAAGACAGCAACAAAAUGGUGAGUGAGGUGGAAAAUGGGGAUGUGAUAGCACAGAGUGCUGCAGAAAUAGAAGUGAUUGAGGUAAAGAACGAUAAGGAUGGUGUUAACAGUGAUGAUGAGGAUAUGUCUCCACCUGUGAAAAAAUUGAAAGGUGGCAGAAAGUCUAAAGGAACCCCAACAAGAGCUUCCACUCGGACUUCAGGCCGUCUCAACUUAAAGACUCCUGAUGACAAGCAGCCCACAAUUGCGUCCUUGUUUUCGGGAAAGUCGAAGGUCGAGGCACAGAAGAGUAAAGAGAACAAAGAGAACACAGCUAAGCUUGAGGCAAGUUUGUGUGACAAAGCUGCUGAAGAAGGUGAUGAUGAUGAUGAGAGUAGCUGCAAGAGAGUCAGACUUGAGGAUGAUGACAAGAUGAAACAGAAAGAAAGAAGUACUCCGGUACUAACAUCAAGUCCUGCUAAAGCUCUCCCUGAAAGGUGCGGUGAAUGUCUGAGGUAUUUGGACGAUCCUGACCUCAAGUUGUUUCCAGGAGAUUCUGACAACGCUGUUGAGGAAUUCAUAGCUCUGACAGACUCCAAGCUGUCAUUGUUUACUGGCAACGAAGAUUUCGAAAAUAUAACUGAAGAUCGACCUCAGCAUAAAAUCACAAAUUUCAGUGUUUAUGACAAGAAGACACAUUUAUGUGCUUUCGACACCGGCCUCAUUGAACGCAACAAGUACUUGUUCUUUAGUGGGGUAAUCAAGCCGAUUUUUGAAGAGGAUCCAAGCCCUGAAGGUGGAGUGCCUUGUCGCAACAUGGGCCCCAUCAAUGAGUGGUUUGUCUCUGGCUUUGAUGGGGGAGAAAAUGCCUUGAUUGGGUUUUCAACAGGUUACGCUGAGUACAUUCUGAUGCAGCCUAGUGAGGCUUACAGCCCUUUCAUCGAGCAGAUGAAGGUCAAAGUUCACAUGUCCAAAAUUGUUAUUGAGUUUCUGUUGAAUAACCAGGACGCUGCCUAUGAAGAUUUGCUGAAUAAACUCCAGAUCACUGUUCCCCCGGCCGGACUGACAAGUGUAUCAGAAGACACAUUGCUCCGUUAUGCUCAGUUUGUUGUGGAUCAAGUUCAGAGUUUUGAUGAUGCAGCAGAUGAAGAUGACUUUCUCCUCAUCACCACUCCGUGUAUGAGGGCGCUGAUUAAAUUGGCCGGAGUUACUUUGGGUAAAAGGAGACAGCUGAGAAAAGAUGUAGCACGGAUGAAAGCCAAGAAAGAAAAACCAAAGGACACCAAAGCCACAGUUACUCCACUUGUUAGAACAAUCUUUGACUCCAUUUUCCAAGGUCAAAUUGAUGAAGAAUUGGCAAAGAACAAGCGAAAGCGUUGUGGUAUCUGUGAGGUUUGCCAGCAGCCUGACUGUGGCACGUGUGCUGCCUGCCGUGACAUGACCAAAUUUGGUGGCACUGGGCGAGCCAAACAGGCAUGUAAGGAAAGAAGGUGCCCUAACAUGGCUAUUAAGACAGCAGAAGAAGACGAUGUUGAAGAAGAAGCGGAGAUCAACAAAGAAGACCAGGAGAGCAAGAAUCUGGUGGCUGUGGCCAAACAUAAAGCUGCCAGAAAUGCCAAGACCGAAGUAGUUUGGCUUGAUUCACCAGUGAAGGAGGACAGCAAACGAAAGUAUUAUGCCAGGGCCAGAGUUAACAACUUUGAGAUUAGCCAGGCUGACUUUGUCUCCAUCUCACCAGCUGACCCGACCCAGCCAUUCUACAUUGCCCAGAUUCAGUACUUGUUUGAGGAAGGCGGCAACAAGCAGGCCCACGUACACUGGUUCUACAGGGGCUGUGAGACCGUUCUGGGCGAGGCUUCUGACCCAUUAGAGCUGUUUAUUGGAGACCAGUGUGACGACAACGAGCUGGUGGCUAUUCAUAGUAAAGUACAGGUCAUACAUAAAGUUAUUCCUGAGGACUGGAGCAUGAAAGGUGGUAUCGACAACCCAGACGAAGACAACGUUAUCCAGGAGGAUGAUGGGAAGACAUUUUUUUAUCAGAAAUUUUACGACCCAGCAUUUGGCCGUUUUGAGGAUCCCCCUGAUCUGGAUACUGCACUGGGCCGUGAAAAGGUGGCCUUUUGCGUCUGCUGCGAGAGGUUAAAUAAAAAGAACAUGGAGGAGGGACCAACUCUACGAGAUGCGAUUGAGGUGGACAGUGGCUCAUCUAGUUACCUGUACUACAACAGCGUGAGAAAGAAUGGCCACGAGUACUCUAUAGGUGAUUGCUGCUAUAUUGAUCCAGCAGCUUACGGGUUUAAGAUUGUUCAUGAGAAAGUGCAGACUGUUCGCAAAUCCGGGUCCAAGGUGGAUGAGGAUGUUUAUUCUGAGGCAUACAGAAAGUCAGAGUAUGUUAAAGGCUCCAACGACAAGUGCCCGGAACCGUUCCGUGUGGCUCGUAUUGUGCAGAUAUAUGCCAAAAAAUGUUCAGGGAAGCAGCCACAGCCAGAUCCUUCAGAGAUUAAGCUGAAAGUGACCAAGUUUUACAGAGUUGAGAACACGCAUAAGGGUCCACAGUCGGUCUACCACACAGAUCUCAAUGCACUUUUCUGGAGUGAUGAGGAGGCAGUGUUAGAUUGUUCAUAUGUCUGCGGUAAAUGCACGGUUGUUUAUCGUGAGAACUUGGUGGAAGAUGUCGACAGUUACUUCCUUGGAGGUCUUGAUCGCUUCUACUUUGCUGAGUCUUACAGCGCUGUUACCAGGCAGUUUGAGGAUCCCCCAGCGAAGGCUCGGCUCAUGGGCAGUAAAGGAAAGGGUAAAGGAAAAGGCAAGGGGAAGGGCAAGUCAAGUAACAAGGUUGAAGCGGAGUCCGAGGACAGUGUGGUGAAAAAUGUGGAGGUCCAUCGGCUGCGCACACUGGAUGUUUUUGCUGGGUGCGGAGGGCUAUCUGAAGGGUUUCACCAAGCCGGCAUGGCUGAGAGCUGCUGGGCCAUUGAGAAAGAGGAACCGGCUGCUCAAGCGUUUCGCUUGAAUAACCCCAAGUGUAUUGUCUUUACCGAUGACUGCAACCUAUUGCUGCAAAGGGUGAUGCAAGGAGACACCAAAGAUGAACUUGGACAGAAGUUACCACAGAAAGGUGAUGUUGAAUUAUUGUGUGGAGGCCCACCAUGUCAGGGAUUUAGUGGUAUGAACCGCUUCAACUCACGAGAAUAUUCUCAGUUCAAGAACUCGCUCAUCGCCUCGUACCUCAGCUACUGUGACUACUACAGGCCUCGCUUCUUUGUCCUGGAGAAUGUGCGCAACUUUGUCUCCUUCAAACGCAGCAUGGUACUGAAGCUGGCACUGCGCAGCUUGUUGCGAAUGGGAUACCAGUGUACAUUUGGUGUAUUACAGGCUGGAAGUUACGGUGUUGCACAAACCAGGAGGAGAGCUAUCAUCCUAGCUGCUGCGCCAGGAGAGAAGUUGCCAUACUAUCCAGAACCCAUGCAUGCCUUUGCCCCACAGGCCAUGCAACUGUCGGUGAUGGUUGAUGAUAAAAAGUUUGUCUCCAACAUUACGUACACAGCGUCUGCUCCAUAUCGAACGAUCACAGUCAGAGAUUCCAUGUCAGACCUGCCCGAAAUCAGAAACGGGGCCAAAGCUGAAGAAAUUUCUUAUAAAGGUGACGCCCAGACCCACUUCCAGCGGUUGAUCCGCGGCAGCCAUCAGCAGACCGUUCUGAGAGAUCACAUCUGUAAAGAGAUGAGCGCCCUGGUGGCUGCUCGAAUGAUGCACAUCCCUCUAACGCCAGGAUCAGACUGGCGGGACCUGCCUAACUUGGAACUCCGGCUCUCUGAUGGAACCAAGACAAAGAAGCUACUUUAUCCAUAUCCGGAUAAGAGAAAUGGGAAGGGGUCAAACGGACAGAGACGAGGUGUCUGCAGCUGUGCAACUGGCCGACAGUGUGAUCCGAUGGACCGACAGUUCAAUACCCUCAUCCCCUGGUGCCUGCCGCACACUGGCAACAGACACAACCACUGGGCCGGCCUGUACGGACGCGUGGAGUGGGACGGCUUUUUCAGCACCACAGUCACCAACCCUGAACCCAUGGGCAAACAGGGCAGAGUUCUUCAUCCUGAGCAGCAUCGGGUGGUCAGUGUCAGGGAGUGUGCACGCUCCCAGGGCUUCCCAGAUUCCUACAGGUUCUUUGGAAACAUCCUAGACAAGCAUCGCCAGAUUGGCAAUGCUGUACCUCCUCCAAUGGGCAGAGCAAUUGGUUUGGAGAUCAAGAAAUGUUUAGUUUGGAAGCAGAAAGAGAACGACUUACACGAGAAGACCCAGAAUGAUGACAAUAUGAAUGUUGUACAGAGCGAGGAAGGCUCAAAGUCAGCAGACGUGAAGGACAAGAAGACAGUAGCCAAUAAUGACAGACAACAGAAGAAGACAGUUUUAAAAUAUGACGAAACACAGGCUGGAGGUUCGAGCUCCCAGUGA